AUGAAGUUCACAAUUGCCUCUAUCCUGCUUGCUACAUCGGCUCUUGCCGCUCCAGCCAAUGUCGAGCGAAGCAACACUAUUCAGAUCAGCGGCUUCAGCGCCAUUGCCAGCAAGAUCAAUUCAGCCAGCAUGCACUUCGUCGUAACCGACGCAAACUACCCUGAUGAUACCCCCACCGACUGCCAGCUCCUCUGGACCUACGGAUCCUCUCCCAAACAAAACGCACGCUGCAACAACAGCCAGUACUACAUCCGGUUCCCCGAUGGCCCCGUGGACUUCAAUCUCUUCACACUUGAGUUGGAACGAGUAUCUGGUCCGAUUCCCGAGAAAGGACAAGCCAAACUCAGCUCCAAGACCUUCCCGUGGAAAUGUGUGAAAAACCCCAAGGAUGGGAUCAACCUUCAAUGUAACUAUGAGGGCGUCCUCAACAUGGAUGUUUAG